AUGGGAAAAUCGAAUAAAGCAAAGAAGAGGAAGAGAUCACCAUCAUCAGAUCGUCUCGCAGGACUGGAAAGUAAGAUUAACUGCUUAAUUGAUGUUUUGAAGCAGAGAGAGGUUAGGACGCCCGCCCAUUCUCUCUCCCCGAUAUCUCAGGACAAUCAGCGGUCUCGAAACGAGGCAGAAUCCACAGGAUCUGUCUCGCCCUUGAGGAACAGGUUGAAACGGCGGAUCCGACGGUGCAUCGCCCAGGUCCCAUACAGAGGUUACUCUAGACGAGAAUCCCUCCCUACUAUUCCCGACCACAGAGGACGAUGUAGCUCCUUUUACCAAGCAGCUAUUCGGCUCAGACUUGGAGGGCGAACAACAGCUCCACCUUGGAACGAGAUAGUGACACAGAGGUGGCGCGAUCUGACGCGCAAUGGUCUCUCGCCGGAUCAGCGCAAAUCACUCUUGCGAAAAUAUUCCCCUGCGGAAACGUUAGCCUUUCUCAAAGCCCCUACUCUUAACCAAGAAUGUAAGGUGGCCUUGAAGAACAGCUCUCUGAUUAAAAGAGAUGAGUACAACGCUAAGAAUCAUGACCAGAUUGGCAUAGUCUUGUGCGUCCUCGGGGAAGCCAUCUCCGAUCUUUUUCGCCCAGGCACAGAAAAAUCUUUAAGCCCCGAAGCUUGCUUGGCAGUUUCAAAAGUAAAUGAGGGUGCUAAGAUCCUAGCGGAUCUGUUUUAUCGGUUAUCAUUAACCAGAAGAGCACAGAUCAUACCGGCUUUAAAUCUGAACGCCAAAAAUACAGCUGAAGCAAUUCCAGUAGAUGAUCUUCUGUUUGGAUCAGACUUUGGAGAACAAAUGAAAAAAGUGGCUGCCAUGGAAAAAUCAUCAAAGGAGAUUAUUAAGACUCCGUUAUCUAUUUCGAGAAGAAUUCAGCAACCAGUUAAACAACCGUUGCAGAUGUCAACAUCGAGAUCGGGAAACAACCGUGCCCCUGUAAGAAACUCGAGACCGGCGAGAAGGACAGGGGCAACGAACAGCAGUCGCCGGUCAGCACACCGGUCCAGGUCUCACUCAAGGAGACGCUAAAGGAGGUAGAGGUAAAUAGAGCCGGCAGACUAGCUUUCUUCCUUCCCCAGUGGAAAAAGAUUUCGUCGGACUCAAAAAUUUUAGAAGCAGUUGGGGGCUACAGGCUACCCUUUAAACAACAUCUGCCUUCUCAGGUUUACGAACCUCAGUGCCGUCUAUCAAGAGGGGAGGAGCAGAUCUGCUCCCAGGAGAUUUCUAAUCUCCUUAAAAAGGAAGCGAUCGAGAAAGUUUCAGAACAUAAAGAUCAAUUCCUGUCCCCCUUCUUUGUUAUCGAAAAAUCAUCGGGGGGAUGGAGAUUCAUCCUUAACCUCAAGAGCCUUAAUGAAUUCAUCAUCGCCCCACAUUUUAAGCUUGAAGACUGAAAAUCAGUCAUCUGCCUUAUUUCGCCAAACGAUUUCCUGGCAUCCAUUGACUUAAAGGAUGCAUACCUUCUUGUACCUAUCCAUUCGGAGGAUAGAAAAUUCUUAAGAUUCCGUUUCCAAAAUCAGCUCUUUCAAUUUAGAGUACUACCGUUUGGACUAGCAUCGGCUUCUUUUAUCUUCACAAAGAUAUUAAAACCGGUCAUAUCUUCCCUGAGAGAAAGAGGUUUUUUUUCCAUAGUAUAUUUAGAUGACUUUCUUCUCAUCGCACUCACAUACAGUCAAUGGACAGAAAAUGUUAGGGUGACAAUGGAACUCUUAGUAUCCUUAGGUUUUAUUAUUAAUUUUAAAAAGAGCGUGCUCACCCCGGCAAAAUCGUGUCGGUUUUUAGGUUUUAUUUUUGAUACAGGGAACUUUUCAGUUUCAAUUCCUCCUGACAGGAGAGAUGAUCUUCGUCGAAAAUCUCAAGACAUGCUGAAGAGGACCCACUGCAAGAUCCGAUUUCUGGCAAGUUUUAUAGGCUCGCUAGUAGCGGUGUGCCCGGCCGUCCAGUAUGGGCUAUUUCUGAAGACGGAUCUCCAAUGGUGGAUCAAGAUCUUUACAGAUAAACUCCAAAGAAAUUAUAUCAGAUCAGGACAAUUUAACAUGGAAAUUUUUACCGAUGCCUCUCUAACGGGAUGGGGUGUGGUAUGUAACGAAACAUGAACUCACGGCUUUUGGUCGCCUAGUGAGAAACAAUAUCACAUUAAUUACCUUAAACUUCUAGUAGUAUUUCACGCAUUGAGAUGCUUCGCUUCUCAUAUGGAAGGAUCCAAGAUUUUUUUGAGAGUGGAUAAUUCUACCGCUAUUUCAUAUGUUAACCGUAUGGGAUCUGUCAAAUUUCCUACCUUGUUUGAUCUAGCUUGUGAGAUUUGGUGUUGGUGCUCCCGAAGAAAUAUAUUUAUUUACGCUUCGUAUAUUCCUUCUGCUCAAAAUUUUGAGGCAAAUGCAGAAUCACGCAUAGUGUCAGAGGAAACUGAGUGGUCCCUCGGGAAGCAAUAUUUCAACGAGAUUGAGGCAGCUCUGGGCCUUUUCGAGAUAGAUUUGUUCGCUUCAUCAAUUAACAAUAAAUGCUGUGAUUUUAUAUCUUGGCAUCCAGAUCCAUUAGCACAAGCAGUUGACGCAUUUUUAAUGAGUUGGAAUCAAUUUUAUUUUUAUGCCUUCCCUCUUUUAUUUUAAUUCUAAAGGCCUUACGGAAGAUUAUUACUGAUAGGGCGGAAGGCGUGGUUGUGGUACCCUGGUGGCCAGCCCAACCGUGGUUCCCUCUAUUCAAUCAAUUAGCCAUAGGUCAACCUAUUAUCUUUGCACCUAAUAUGGACAUGUUGUCAUCCACUUUCAGGAAAAUCCGUUCAGCCUGGAGGAGAAUUUCCCUGGCGGCCGCAAGAUUAUCCGGCAAGCUUUCCGGCUCAAAGGAACGCCGCCGGCAGCGUUAGAAACUACUCUCGCAUUAAUAUCUGAGGCCACAGUGGCACAAUACACCAAACCGAUUAGAGAGUGGUGGCAUUUUUGUAGGCAGAAGCAAAUCGGCUGCUUCACAACGCCGGUUCCCUUUCUGGAAUUUUUAUCCUCCACCUUAUCUGGAAUAGGCUCCUAUUCCACCCUUAACACAUAUUGUUCAGCCAUAUCUCUUAUCUCUCUUAAUGAGGUGGGUUCACACCCUCUGGUAAAGAGGUUCUGUAAGGACGUCGCGGUUCUAAAACCACAACGUCCACGUUACGAUUUUGUCUGGGAUCCAUCUCCAGUGUUAGAUCACCUAGCCAGUUUACCAUGUGAGAAUCUAUCGCUCGAAAUAUUAUCGAGAAAACUAGCGACAUUAUUUGCCCUUACAACAGUUCAAAGGAUGCAAACCCUCGCGGCCAUACAACUAUCAAACAUUAGCUUAACGGAUUCAUUAAUUAUUAAAAUUCUGGCUAGACUUAAAACUUCCGGAAUCGGAAGGUCUCAGCCAUUACUAUUUUUUCAACCUUUUCUGGACAAACCAGAACAUUACAUUUUUUCUUUAGUUAAAUUUUAUUUGAAGGUUACAACCAACCUCCGUUCUCAGAACUGCGACUCUUUCUUUAUUUCAUUUUGAACCUCUUACAACCCAGUUUCUUCGCAGAUUUUGGGAAGAUGGGUUAAGUCAGAGCUAGACGCAGCGGGAGUAGACACAAGUAUCUUUUCUACUCACUCUAUUCGCCAUGCAGCUACUCUCUAGCAGCAAGCAAAGGCAUUAACCUAGAAGAAAUUCGUCGUACAGCCGCUUGGGCCAAAUCGUCAGAAGUUUUCGCGCGUUUCUACAACCGGACAAUAAUUAAAAAUUUGUCGUUCCAAGACGCAAUUCUGAAUAGAUAACAAGGGCACUUUGUUGACCAAUUUUUUAACUUGUCAAAGAACAUUUCAUUUUUUAUUGCUAGCAAAUUACAUUUCUGUAUCACUUUAUCUUUGCACACACACAUGUGAGUUUUAUUCUGCUCAGUGAUAUAUGCACAUCAUAUUAAAGAACUUAUAAGAGAUAAAUAAGAUCAAUCUUAUUUAAACUUUUCCGUACAAAUCUGUCCUUUAAACAUCUACCAUUAUCCAUCCGGGCGAGACAUAGCAUAAUUGUACAAUUAAACAAACUUACAGUGAAGUUUGAUUGUAAUUAUGCGGUCUCGUCCGGAUGGAGACUCCCUCCCUCCCACACUUUAUUUUUCAGAUUUGUCGGCUUUGAACUAAUGAGGAGGCGCGCGCGAGCAGCGCAGAGGUGCACUCGGCCGCACAAGAGGUGCGGCGCUAAAUUCAAUUUUUUAGUGUGCUUUAAUUUCCUGUUGGGAAGCAACGCAGCGGAACGCUACUACCAUUAUCCAUCCGGACGAGACCGCAUAAUUACAAUCGAACUUCACUGUAAGUUCGUUUAAUUGUACAAUUUUCUAAGUCUACUGUUUCAAUUUUUAUUGCGUUACUAUAUUGGUCGGGUAACAAAUUUUUUAUUUGACAAUUAUUUUGCGAUGACACAUCAUCAGUCAUAGGAAUAUCUUUUUCAUUAGAAACUGACAUAAUUUUUUUCCAAGAAAUUUAAAUGCUGGAUGACAAAUUUGUCAACUUUUAUGGGAAGUUGGCUUUUGAAGCAUCAAUUUUUUAAAUCUGAAAAUUCUGCUUUGACGCAAAAAGACGCAGCAAUUUCGCCAGAUCUUUUAAAGACUGGACGCAUUACACUUGUCCAUAUGGAUAAAUAGGGUAGUAAACGUGCCCUAACUUGUUCAGCAAAAUCAGGAUUGUAACAAACGUUGAUAAUGCUACCAUCUCUCGAGUUUUCGGCAAUUUUUUUGGACGAAUUUAGAACAGAAAUGCUCCAUUCCUUUCAAUCGGUAUCAUCUGUUUCAUGUUCGGAAAAAUCGUCAGAACAACGUUUAGUUUCAUCAUUAAGAUUUUCAUUUUUUUAUUUUCUAUUGUUUUUAACAUGUCAUUAAUGGCACUGCUACCCUUAAUUAUACUAUUUAAAUAUUGCAUGUGUACAUCGGACCUUAAUAUCUCUCCAUUGCUUGUGGAACCAAUACUUUUACUUAGCGUUACACUCAGUAACGAUUCCAUAAAAUACUUUAAUUCCUUAAAAGAAUCCAUGAGGUAGGCUUGACUAAUGCAUCGGAGAUAAAAUGCUCGUACUAAAGUCUUAUUUUUGCCUUUAACCAUUUUCAUUUAGAGACCAUAAAAAUAAGAUGACAUCCAAUUUGAUCUAGCAGAAUAGAAUUAAAUCAAUAUUUUCUAAAAAUGUUGCAGCGAAACAUUUACACAAAUAAUCUUGGAAAUUCACACAUUUUGCGAAAACGUCAGAAACGGCAAUUAAAAUGGCCCAUCUAAAAUUAGUUACAACUGUAUAGUCGUGAGCUAAAAGGUUGCAACACAUUUUCUUCGAUUGUUUUUGAAAUGUAGACUUGCUCAUUAAACGGCGAACGUCGUUGGUUCUUACCUGUGGAUCCAACCAAUUAAGCAUCAAACCAUCUACCAUAAAAAAAAAUGUGUUGCUACCUUUUAGCUCACGAUUAUACGCGGAACAAGUACACCUGCGGCAAUAAUACUGCGUAAAAAGAAAGCGAUCAUCAGUGCUCUUUAAUCGGCCGAGAUCAUUUAAAAUACAGGUGUACUACCACUUUUAUUAACAAGAACACAUUGAUACAAAAAUAUCGGUGGAUCUUGCAACAAUCCGCGCUUAAUUAUUCCGCCUGUGGCAUUGAUUGUCAAAAAAGCUUCCGCGUCUUUUUUACAUCUUUCUGUAUAUAACAUUUUUUGUUCAACAUUUCAAUAUAUACAAUAAAAUGGUAAUUAACCGAUACUAAUAAUUGAUCCAGUAUGAGUACUGCAUUUUGCGCUAUUUAAUAAAUUUAAAACUGGAUUGCUGAAUACUAAUCCAUGCUGUUUCAAUAAUCUUUCUUCUUUUGCCUUACGCAAGACAGCAGACAAAGGAAGUAUAGGAGAAUCUUUGUCUCCGAAUACUUAUAAGCGUUUUGGUUCUUCUCUACGGAAAGUGACAGCAUCUGCACGUUCUUUGAUCAUUUUAUCCGCUAUUAUUUUACGACAAAUAGGGGGCGUCCGGGAGAGUAUACCCGCCUUCCACUAAAAUGUUUAUAAACCUUUCUAUACUUACAUAUCGCUAUUUUCUAUAAAUUGUAUCUUAAGCUGCAUUAUUUAGCUAUAUUUUCUCCUAAGAAAGUUUGAUAUAUCUUUAAUAAUUUAUGAGUUAUUAACGAUUUCUACCAAAAUGAGAUUCGGCUAAUAUCCCCCACCUGGGUGGGAGACUUGAACCCCUAAGUAGGGAGCCUUUAUCCGGGUUUAAAAAUAGGCAAAAUAAUCAUUAAAAAUCGUAAUUCUAUAAAGAAAUUUAAUCAUAAAAAUAAGGCACAUAGUAUUACGUAGUAAAAUGAGAACAUGAGGUACUUUGAGUAUCUUUGAGGUAUAUAAGUAAGGAAUUAACUAGUAUCACACAUAUUUUUAGUUAUAACAUAGUUACUUUUACAAUAGUGAGUGUUUAUAAACUUAUAAUUAGAAAUCCUUUUUAACAAAAACUAUAAUCUUUUGAUAUAAAGCAACAAUAUCAGUCACAAUUCUCACAACCAACAGCAAUAUUUUCUAAUUUUUGGUUAUAAAAAUUAGUUUAGUCAAUCUACAACAAUAUCUUAAUCAUCAACAUAGAAAAAAAUCUAAAGUAACUUAGGUACCUUUAUAGCGAAAAUAAUAGUCUGAACCUAUUUUAUCUUUUACAUAACUAGGUAGUAAACCUUGUAAGUAGAUAUUACAAAUCAGUCUUAUGUAUACCUUGUAUGUUAUCAGCAAAACAAAAAUUAAAAUUACUGUCAAAAUUAAGAACAAAAAUAAAAUUUAAAACAAAAUAAUUAAAUCAACAUCAAAAAUAAUCAUAGUCUUCAUCAGUCUUUCUUUCUUUAAUUGGAACAAAGAGGACAAAUAAACUGUUCCUUAUCAUCUUUGGACCGUCUAACACACAUUUUAUGGACAUAUUUGCCACAAAGAGCACAAAGUCUUAAGUCCAUCAUUUUGUCUGCUCCACAAAUGAAACAAAACCAAUUAUCAAUUCUAUCUGGUACUUCAUCCCAUGGAUUAUCAGAGCUAUUGUCAUACUUGGGUUCUUCGUCAAGGUCUGUCUCACUGUCACUUGACUGUAAAAUUUGUCUUUUUACUGUCUUUUUCUUUGCUUCACCUUUUGGUUUCUUUUUUUAGUUAUUUUAGUUUUCUUGUUUUUCGAUGCAUAAUCAUUAUCUAGGUCUAGUUUUUCUGGUGUUUCUGUUAAAAUUUUAGUUUUUCCGGGCUGUCUACCACGACGAAGACUUUUUCUAAAAGCAGCUUUUAGAAAAGGACAAAUCAUUUGUGGUAAAACUAUUUUUGGUUUUUGUCGUGAAUCGGAAUCUACCGUUGUUAUAUUCAGAUCUUGAGAUGUAGAAGCUACCUCUGCUGAUUGUUUUAAUAUUGCGAUUGCUUGCUCAAAUUCCUCCUCAGUUAAAAUUGAUGGUGAACUGGCUCUAGACGCCGCAGUUUCAUUCAUGAAUACUGAUGCUGAUGUCAAAGGCUCUGACUGACCUUGUACGGUAGAUGUUGAAGGUGAUUUGAUCGUGGCGUUAUAUCUGGAGGUAGUUCUGGAGCUACUGAGGGCGAAGCAAUCGAAGAAACAUCUUGCUCUUGAAAUUCACCAGUCAUUUUUCUGUCCGUUAUUGCGGAGCAUAAAAAAUCUUCAUCUGUAAAGAUGCCCGGGUUGUAGGAAUGUAUCCCAGUUUUUCGAAAUCCAGUCAAAAUGUUGGAUUGGCUAAAAGCCUGCGACAUAAUUGUGCUUACAAAUCCGGGUAUACUGUAUACCGUAACAGUUUGCCCUAGGAUGCUUAGCACCCAAUUAUUCAUGGCUGAGUUAUAUCUAGACUUGAAAGAUGAAUAAAUGGCAAUAUCUAAUGACUGUAACUUAUUGCUGCAGUGGGG